ACCAGUAGGCCAAGCAAGGCUACAGGUAGAAGAAGCUCUGCUGCUGCUGCUGCAGGUCUCAGCCAAGUACAAAAACACCCCUGUUCGUGCGAGCAAGUUGCGACGAGAUGGCCGGCGGCAGGGACAGGGACCCGUUGGUCGUUGGUAGGGUUGUGGGCGACGUGCUGGACCCCUUCACCCGGACCACCAACCUCAGGGUCAGCUUCGGCGCCAGGACCAUCGCCAACGGCUGCGAGCUCAAGCCGUCCAUGGUCUCGCACCAGCCCAGGGUCGACGUCGGCGGGCCCGACAUGAGGACAUUCUACACCCUCGUGAUGGUUGAUCCGGAUGCUCCUAGCCCAAGUGACCCCAACCUGAGGGAGUAUUUGCACUGGCUGGUCACUGAUAUUCCAGGAUCUACCGGGGCAGCGUUUGGGCAAGAGGUGAUGUGCUACGAGAACCCUCGGCCGACCAUGGGGAUCCACCGCUUCGUGUUCGUGCUGUUCCAGCAGCUGGGCCGGCAGACGGUGUACGCCCCCGGGUGGCGCCAGAACUUCAACACCAGGGACUUCGCCGAGCUCUACAACCUCGGCCCGCCCGUCGCCGCCGUCUACUUCAACUGCCAGCGCGAGGCCGGCUCCGGCGGCAGGAGGAUGUACCCCUAAUUAUUGACAACCAAUGCAAGCUCUCAGCUAAUCAAGACACAUGAUUCUGUCUAGCAAUUAAUGGUGUGAACUAGCUAGCAGCAGCCGAGGACGACAAAGCCUAGCUUAGCAUUAUGGUGUGUGUAAUAAACGGCUAGCAGUACGACACACUAGCCACUCCUUAAGUGUCUAUUUAUCAUAUGCAUGGGAGACAAAUUAAGUUAGCAUGUGAAUGGUGACAUGGGAGACAAACAGAGACUGCAAUAAUUAAGGUAUUGCAUGUAUGCAUUACUUGAUGUAAUAAGUCGUCAGUGGAGAAAUGACUA